AUGGCUGUCAAAUGUCAAUUACGGCCUUACAUAACCAAGGUCUGGAAACUUCUUCAUUGACCCCCCAACCACACAAGUACCCCACUCGCCCCCCCCAUCCCCUGCCAGGCCAUCAUGUCGACGACGAGCACCGGCAACGGCGCCAUCUGGCUCGCCCUCGUCGCCCUGCUCAAUUGCCGCACCACAUCGUCGUCGUCGUCUUCGUCGUCGUCGUCGGCUCCCCCGGGUCCCCACCCGGUGCACCAUCAUCUCCAGAUCGAUCUGCUCGAGGCGCAGCUCCUGCGAUCGUUGGGCUUCAACGGCAGGCCGCGCGUCGACCGGGCCGACGUCGUCGUGCCCGAGGCCAUGGUGGAGUUGUACGAGAGACAGAUGGAGGUGCCCGUGGAGACGACGUCCAUACCGAAGAGGGGCUGGCACACGAAGAACGCCAACACCGUCAGGAGUUUCACGCACGUCGGUCACCACCAGCCUUUACUAAGCCUCUCAACUAGGUCACCACCUCUAAUAGCUAAUCUUUUUGCUGCUAUACCUCCAUUCACCGAAGCCGUUUUUGUUCCAGAAAGCCCCAUCGACUCGAGGUUCACCGCCCCCACCAGGUUCCGGCUCAAAUUCGACCUAGCAUCGGUACCGACCACGGAGAGCGUCACCGCCGCCGAAUUGACGUUGACGCGCCGACAGCUGCCCCACAGCCAGUUGCACCGGGUCCUGGUGAGCGACAUCACCAGGCCGGGGGUCAAGGGACGGUACCCGCCCAUCACGCGCCUCAUCGACACCAAGCUGGUGGACACCAGAUCGAACGGUACGGUCAGCUUGGACGUGUUUCCGGCGGUGCAAAGGUGGCUGGAGGACCCCAAGGGGAACUAUGGGAUCUUGGUGACCGUGAAACGGGUCAAACUAGAUCGUGGUGCUGUUGAAGAUGAUGUCCAAAACGAUACUAGGGCUGCUAAAGAAGAUGUUCAAACUCGUGCAGAAGCCCCGCAAAGAGGGGAAAAAUCUGUACAAAACGCACCAGAGGACCUACAAAACCUCAUGCAAACCCCAGCAAAAGUCCCACAAAGAGGAGAUAAAUCUGUCCGAAACGUCCCAUUUUCCUCCGAAGAAGAAAACCUCAUGCAAACCCUAUCAGAAGCCUCACAAAGAGGAGAAAAAUCUGUACAAAGCGCCCCAUUUUCCUCCGAAGAAGAAGACCUCAUGCAAACCCCAGCAGAAUCCCCACAAAGAGUACAAUCAUCUGUCCAAAACGCACCAGAGGACCUCCAAAACCCCAUGCAAACCCCAGCAGAAUCCCCACAAAGAGUACAAUCACCUGUCCAAAACGCACCAGAGGACCUCCAAAACCCCAUGCGAACCCCAGCAGAAGCCCCACGAAGAGCCUCAUCAGACGAGGACCAGCACCACGUGCGCCUGCGCCGCGGCGCCGGCGACCCGCCCUCCACCUGGCGCCGCCUCCAGCCCGUCCUCUUCACCUACACCGCCGAUCCGACGGCUUCGAGGGGCGCCGCGACGGCCCGCCCGCGGCCCCGCCGCCGUCGCAACUCCAAGAAAUCCUCGCACCGUUCGAAGCAGGACAAGCGGUACCCGUGCAACAGGCACCAGAUGUACGUGGACUUCCAGGAGGUGGGCUGGAGCGAUUGGAUCGUCGCCCCGCCCGGCUACGACGCCUUCUACUGCAGGGGCGAGUGCGACUUCCCGCUGGCCGCCCAUUUGAACACCACCAAUCACGCCAUCGUGCAGACGCUGAUGAAUUCGGUGAAUCCGCAGAAGGUGCCGAAGGCGUGCUGCGUGCCCACCCACCUGAACCCCAUCUCGAUGCUGUAUUUGGACGAGGAGGGGAAGGUGGUGUUGAAGAACUACAAGGAUAUGGUGGUGGUGGGUUGCGGGUGCAGGUAG